GCUGUGUGAGGGGGGGCGGGAGCAGAGGCGGCGGCAGAAGCAGCAGAAGCGGCGGCGGCGGCGCGGUCCGAUCCGGCCCCGCCGAGCAGCAGCAGCAGAUCCUCCCCCUCUCCCGGCGCCAUCCGCCGCCAUCCGCCCCCCGGCAGCGCCCCCCCGGCCGCCCCGCCGCCCGCCGCGCCCGCCAUCGCCGCCGAACAUGGCAGGAGCUGGAGGAGGAAAUGACAUUCAGUGGUGUUUUUCUCAGGUGAAAGGCGCUGUGGAUGACGAUGUGGCAGAAGCGGAUAUAAUUUCUACGGUAGAAUUUAACCAUUCUGGAGAGUUGUUGGCGACGGGAGACAAAGGAGGUAGAGUUGUCAUCUUCCAACAGGAGCAGGAGAACAAAUCCCAGUCUCACAGUAGAGGCGAAUACAAUGUUUACAGUACCUUUCAAAGCCAUGAACCCGAGUUUGACUACUUGAAAAGUUUAGAAAUCGAAGAGAAGAUCAACAAAAUUAGGUGGUUACCCCAGAAAAAUGCUGCUCAGUUUUUAUUGUCGACAAACGAUAAAACAAUAAAGCUCUGGAAAAUCAGUGAAAGGGACAAAAGACCCGAAGGUUAUAAUUUAAAGGAAGAAGAUGGACGGUAUAGAGAUCCUACCACAGUUACAACACUACGGGUGCCGGUAUUCCGGCCCAUGGACCUCAUGGUUGAAGCAAGUCCGCGAAGAAUAUUUGCCAACGCUCACACGUAUCACAUCAAUUCCAUCUCCAUUAAUAGCGAUUAUGAAACCUACUUAUCCGCGGAUGACUUGCGGAUUAACCUCUGGCACCUAGAAAUUACGGACAGAAGUUUUAAUAUUGUAGAUAUUAAACCGGCCAACAUGGAAGAGCUCACGGAGGUGAUAACGGCUGCCGAGUUCCACCCAAACAGCUGUAACACGUUCGUAUACAGCAGCAGUAAAGGAACGAUUCGCCUCUGUGACAUGAGAGCGUCGGCGCUCUGCGACAGACAUUCGAAAUUGUUUGAAGAACCGGAAGAUCCCAGCAACAGAUCCUUUUUCUCCGAAAUCAUCUCUUCUAUAUCUGACGUCAAAUUUAGCCAUAGCGGUCGCUAUAUGAUGACUAGAGAUUACCUGUCGGUGAAGAUUUGGGAUUUAAAUAUGGAAAACAGACCUGUGGAAACGUACCAGGUACACGAAUACCUCAGAAGUAAACUUUGUUCCCUGUAUGAGAACGAUUGCAUUUUUGACAAAUUCGAAUGCUGCUGGAAUGGAUCCGACAGCAUCGUCAUGACGGGAUCUUACAACAACUUCUUCAGAAUGUUUGACAGAAACACAAAGCGAGACAUCACCUUAGAGGCGUCCCGAGAGAACAACAAACCCCGCACCGUUUUGAAGCCGCGCAAAGUAUGCGCCAGCGGGAAGCGGAAGAAGGAUGAAAUCAGCGUUGACAGCUUAGAUUUCAACAAGAAGAUCCUCCACACCGCCUGGCACCCCAAGGAGAACAUCAUCGCCGUAGCCACGACGAACAACUUGUAUAUAUUUCAAGACAAAACGAAUUAGGGUUGGCAUUCCGCACCGAAGAGUCCCGUUUCUUGCAUAGUUCCAAUAGUUGAAUCUAGAGUUUGUACCUGUAAACGAAAGAGAACGAGAGGUCCAUUAUGGCGCUCCUUUCCGGUCUUUUCCAACGUGUGCCAUAUGACAACCACACUUUUAUAGCUCCGUGGAGGAAGCUCUCGUUGACCCGUCACCGCGUUCUUCUCCGUCUCUGCCAACCAUUUAGGUGAGGAUAGGGCACUUUGUAAUUUAAAUGACUACUUGCACCAUCUUGCCUAAUGAUUGGACUUCGUAUCGCCAUCGGUUUACUCCACUUUUUAUGCCUUCCAUUGUGAAUGACGUCCGAAACCACAGGGAAAGCCUUCGAUCACGCUAUGGGAUUUAAUUGUGUAACCUCGUUACUGUAUCAUUUGUGGCCCCCCCUUGGGUUGUUUUAGUUUUGGAUCCGAUACAGCUCGGUCUCGCUGUGGCUUUGUAGCAUUCCUCCUCCUCCUCCCGGCCUCCCCCUCGCCCUUUCGUCCCCUUCCACCGCGCCGCCGUGGCGGUCUAGAGAGGAAAAAAAAAUACCCCCGACGCAAGAAAAGCACAGGAAAUUGGGGCCGUUUGGGGUCGGUGGGAAAGAGGGAGAGGGCUGUGUUGCAACGAGUGUUUUAACCAACAGUUGACUGUAAUCACUCCUCGCCGGGUCGGGCACCGAAAAAAAAGAGAGAAAAGGAAAAAACCAACCAACAAAACCCAACAAACUACUGAAUAAAAGUGACAAAGAAUGGAGAAUCUGUUUUCUUUUUAUUGGUUUUUUUUUUAAUCUACCUCUUUAUACAAAUACUCUGUGUUUUACUUUAGAUGCAUGGAAAUAAAAUGAUGGUUUUUUUGUAAUGAUUUUUAACCGGUAUGAAUUCUUUUUCGUGCGAAUGAAGAGAGGGGAGGGAUUUUGCAGCCGGUCGUGAGCGGCGAAACGUCGGCUGUGGUGCGCGUUGAGCACUUCCAUGGCAAAGCCGGGAGGUUUCGCUGUGGUCCGAGCAGGUUGGUUGCUCUUCCAGUCCCUUUGGAGGCUUAAAUCGGAGCGGGAAGAGGGUUUUUUAAGGCUUUAAAAUCCAUUUUAUGGGAUUAACGUCGUAAAGGUUCGUUUCCUUUUGGUUUCUUGAAUGCUUUGGCUUAGGAUGCGUUACCCUUAAUACCUUCCCGAGAGCGUGGAGUCCCCGGUGGCUUCGGAAGAGCCGAGUUCCUCUUGGGUGAUGCGUUGUGUCGUACCAAACCCAAAGCGUUUGCGUCACCGCCGCGGCCCAAAAUGCUCUUUUCUAUCUUUUAUUGCUCUCAGAGUACCAACGUCGUCGACCGUAUCGAGCGUUUCUUCUGCCUUUUGGCUUUUAGACCAUCACAGAAUCAUUCGGUUGGAAAAGACCUUUGAGGUCAUCGAGUCCAACCACCCGUGGCCACUCUGAACCACCCUUGAGCUCCUCUUCUACUCUUCGUUGGAGGGUUGGGGACUCCAAUCAACGGCCGUUGACGCGUGGCUGAUGGUCUUCAAGCCGACGGCCUUCAAGCCACUUGCUAAGAGUGACGGAAACUUGUUGAGGAGCAUCAAUCGUGAUAGGAAUGGUUGGACUGGAUGACCCCGGAGGUCUUCUCCAACCCGGUGAUUCUCUGCUCGUGUUUGAGGUGUUUGUGGGAUCAGGACUGAGGUUUAUCCGUCAUCUCCUACUGAGGGCAACGAGGUGAUGGGACACUUUGGCAUCAGAGUCGAUACAAUUCACCUCCGUGGUGGGAAGAACGUCGCUUCAACGACUCUUUUGGGAAGCCCUGAGGGAACCCAAAUGCUGCUCUUGAGUGCUUCCGGAGCUCCUGAAGGACACCACGAAUUCCCCACAAGCUCUUCACCGCAGACUUAGGAAGGAGUGAGGCUGCGAGGACGGCCGCUGGAGCUCACCGGGAACGGAGCGCAGCCACCGAGCAGCACCGCCGCCGAACCAAACCCCUCUGGGACCUCAGCUGCUCCGAGGCUGAGGGACUCUGGGCCUCUCCGGCUCGGUCGGGGUUGGCCCAGAGCGGAGAUCCUGGUGUGUCACCCAAGUUGGGUUUAUCCUCAGCAGAAGCAGCUGCUGGUGGUGUCCUCCCCGCUCGGAUCCUUCUGGAAUCUGGAGGUGUCCCUUGAUGCGCCGUAGAUCUGUUUUAUU